AUCUCAUAGUCACACUUAGGGACGUACAGGAAACAACAUCUGCACUUCUGUUUCUGUGUUACUGGUUAUUGGGGGACUGCUAACUGUGAGAGAGUUAGUUCACCAUUGUGCAUCUGAGGACAUCGCGUCCAAAAGGAUCAAAAGAACAGACAAAGGAAAUCAAGGAGUCCUGAUCUGCUGCCACUCAUUCCCUGACUGGAAAGGGCAUCACUGAAAUCUCACCAUGUCAGAUAAUGGAACAAAUUCCACCGUCACCACAAUGUCCACAAUGUCCACAAUUUACGAUUAUUCAUCCUACUACUACGAUGAAAACAUUUCAAGCUUCGCUCCAUGCAGCCACAGCGAGCUUAAGCAAUUUGGCCAGGUGUUUCUGCCCAUUUUUUACAGUUUGGUUUUCAUCGUCGGCUUUGCAGGUAAUGGCCUGGUGGUGUGUGUCCUGGUGAAACACCGCAAACAGACCAACUUGACAGACAUCUGCCUCUUCAACCUGGCUGUCUCCGACCUCCUCUUUGUGGUCACGCUGCCCUUCUACGCUCACUAUGCUGUGGUCAGUCAGUGGACUUUUGGAGGCUUUAUGUGCCGUUUCAUCUCUGUCUGCCACAGCAUCGGGUUCUUCAGCAGCAUUUUCUCCAUGGUGGUCAUGACGGUGGACCGCUACAUGGUCAUCCUGCACACCCAUGGGGUGGCAGGAUAUCGCACUGUGAGGGCAGGCGUCUUUGUGAGCAUGACUGUCUGGAUGCUGAGCUUGUUUGUCUCCCUACCAUCUGCUAUCUACACUGAGGUUAUAAAUGACCAUGACGGGCCGAGUUGUAAUCCUGCCUCAGAUGACAAAGCCUGGAAGCUGUACAACAUCCUCGUAACAAAUAUAUUGGGUCUUGUGUUGCCCUUCUUGGUGAUGGUAGUUUGUUACUCCAGGAUCAUCCCCAGACUGGCGAGCAUAAGGAGUCCUAAAAGGCACCGCAUUGUCAGGCUGAUCAUCUCUAUAAUGAUUGUUUUUUUUCUGUUCUGGGCUCCGUUUAACAUUUCUAUGUUCUUGACUUUUCUUCAGCUUAAGCGUAUAUUGCCAAACGCCUGCGAAUUCGACAACAAUUUAAGGAUGUCACUGACAGUUACUGAGACCCUUGCAUACACUCACUGCUGUCUGAACCCCAUCAUAUACGCCUUUGUUGGACAGAAGUUUAUGAAAAGAGCCGAGCAUCUGCUGAGACAGUGGAUACCUGCCAGCAAGUUUCUGCCUAUCAGAGACUUCUCAGACAGCCUCUUCAGGAGAAGCUCAGUCAUGUCCAGGUCCUCUGAUGGCACCUCCACUUUUGCCAUGUAGGAUGUGAAGGGCAGAGCUGAUAUGUUUUAAGGAUGCCACCUGCAGAGUUUGUAUAUGUUUUUAUUUGAGUUGCCUUGGUAUUAAUGCAGACCAUGUUAUUUUUGUUCAUGGAACCUGACAUUACCUAUCACUUCUAUUUGCCAUCCACGCCAGUGUUAGUCACUGACAGUGUCUAAUGUUAAAAAAAACUUUGUUUUGACAACACGAUGACAGACAUGUAGGCCCAUCAGUUUUGGAAGUAAUUUAGGUGUGAUCUACUCAUCAUUACUGUCCUAUACUAUUGGUGGAGAUUUGACUGCACUUGAAGUUGUACCUCUUGACAGAAAGUUAGGGCGUCUUGUUUGUGACAAUCUGUAACCACAAUGUUUGCUUGUAUGUGCCGUGUUUCCAACAUUUCUGCUACCUGCUACAACAUGGGUUUUUUUUUUUUUCAUUUUGCACUUUUAUGGUGGAAAUUUUUUCAUUCAAAUGUUUGAUGACUCAAAUCUGCAAAGGUGAAACUAGCACAGGGUUGGAUUGGAACAAAUUUUGGCUCAUGAAAUCUGUAAUUUUUCAUAUAUUUUUCCAAUGUUUUUUUUCUAUAUAUGUACAGUAUAUUGUAUAUACUUUAUUUUACAGCUAUUUUCAGAUGUUAUUUGCAUGAAAUGAGGCCAAAUGCGCAAUUGCUUGUUUGACAAAUAAGAUUAUUAAAGUUUUACAUCCUCUCA